AUGGCCUUCACGCUGUCCGAGAUCAUGGCGGCACGCCGGCAGCAGCAGCAGCAGCAGAGCCAGCAGACCCAGCGGGGGGGGGCCGGAGGGCGGGGCGGCGCCGGGGGGGCGUCGACCGCCACCGCGGUGGAGGUGGACGAGUACAGCACCAACCCCACGCAGGCCUUCACCUUCUACAACAUCAACCAGGGCCGCUUCCAGCCGCCGCACGUCCACAUGGUGGACCCCAUGGCCCACGACACCCCCAAACCGCCCGGGUGCACCCGCUUCGUGUGCAUCUCCGACACACACUCCCGCACCGACGCCAUCCAGAUGCCGUACGGCGACGUGUUCAUCCACGCCGGCGACUUCACCGAGCUCGGCCUUCCCUCCGAGGUCAAGAAGUUCAACGACUGGCUAG